AUGGCGCAAGAAUCGAGUGAAAAGAUGACCGGCGAAGCCACUGAAGAUGAGCCCUUUAAGGCUGUUCCAGUGAAAAGAAAGCGGAAGAGACAACAAGAAGAAGACAUGGAUACUAGCGAUGAAUCGAAAAGACCCAGCUUCCCGCCAGCGAAGGCUGAAAAAUUAAUGGUAAACUUUGAUGGCGUUCGUCUUCUUUUGAAUGGAGUCUCGAGUUUUAAUACAAAUCAUCGGAUUUUCCCUCGUAGGGUGGAAAGACAGAGACUAGAAAAAUACCUGUUCCCCCACACAGAUAUACACCUUUGAAAGAAAGCUGGAUGAAAAUUUUCACUCCGAUUGUCGAGCAGUUGAAGCUCCAGAUUCGCUUUAAUUUGAGUGCAAGAAAAGUAGAAAUGAGGGUAAGGUUAUUACUUUUUAUGACAUAUCUUACAAACGUACUUUUAUUAGAAGUUUUGUCGCUGAUUUCUGAUGAGUACCUCUUUGCUUUGUGAGAACGGUAUUCUACUCAAUGAAUUACUAUACCGUCCUGAAUCGUCCAGGUCGAAUGAAGAGUGAUCUAAAUGUGGUAUCUCAUGUUGUAGACUUCAAAAGACACUCAGGAUAUCGGUGCCAUUCAGAAAGCAGCAGAUUUCGUUCAAGCUUUUCUACUUGGAUUUGAAGUUGAGGUGAGUUCAUUUUCUCAUCGUUUGUCCGGAACGUCAUUAUUUUCGUGACCACUGGGACAAAAUGUUAGCACUGUUUUAUGGAGAAUAUGGCUAUUGAUUACAGGUGGUUUGAUGAUGACUUCUGCCAUGCUAAUUGUGAGAGUCUGUCAUCAUUUCUGAUGCCCAGCUGGUCUUCUUGACAGUGGGCUCAGAUUUUCUGGAGACUCUGUGACAGCAAUAACGCAUCCUGAGAACCACUUGGGAAAGGAAUUAAACUCCAUCUCUAACGCAGUAAUAAGUAGGGUGAAAGUAGAGAUGUCUGCACUCACUGCAAUAUCCUCACUCCCUCGAGAUUCCCAAGAUCUGAAUACAGGUAAUAGAUCUACCAACUCAAGUCCAUACAUUUUGGGGGUUCUUCCUGAAAGCUACGCCAUAUCAACUUCUUAACUCCCAGAUCAAAUUUGUAAUUCUCCUUACUGUCAAUCAUACAAUUCUUUUAAUAUUAGUUUAGAGAACUUAAUAUUGGAUCAACUUAUUAUUCUCAAAUUGAUAUUUUUCUUUAUUCAUUUCUCUUGUCUGGUUGAUAUUGUAUUGAUAUUGUAAGGAGGAAUUCUGUCUUGGUCACUCAUGGGAGUUAAAGGGUUAACAAACAAUAUUUGCAAAAAGUAUAUACUACAACAGUGGAUAGUGUUGUGGGUGCUUUCUGUUUAGCUACCCAAACUCUGAAUGUACUGUGCUAUUCACCUUGGAGUAACUUGUGAGUUUCGUUUCUGAAAAUGUGGAAAGUGUUACAAGGAUAAAUGAUUCAAAAUAAUAUCUUGUGCCGUAUUAUCUCAUUGUUUUAGUAGAUACUAAAAGAACUUUUCACCUCAGUGUCAGUUAUAUGGUAAUCGUUAUAGGGAUAAAUGAUUGAAAAUCAUCUUUUUGUGCCAUAUUAUCUUUUAUAACAUAGCGUGCACGCUUGCCCUAUGUAAGUCCUAUUGAGCCACUAUGAACAAAAUCUUUAUUUACUGGCUUGAGUAAAUAAGAUGACAUGAGCAUUUUUUGUUCAUUGUUGCUCUGUUAUAAAAGAAUUUGUUCAUGCUUUUAGCUGUGUGUAUAUCGAGUUAUGAAUGCACUUGGGAAGUUUGGAGAGCACUCAAAAAGUUAGAGUUGCUCUCGGUUGGGCCUUGAGCUACUCUUAUGUAUUUUUCGUGCUCUCCAAACUUCCCCCGAGCAUCCAUAACUCGAUAUAUGCAUGCUAAGCACGAACAAAUUCUUAAAUUGUUGUAGUAUAUACUAGAAGAACAUUUCACCUCAGCGUUGGUUGCUGGCAAAGGGUAUUUCCCCCCACUGCUCAAGGCUUGGUACAUCUAUCCCUCUUACCAUUAGCUAGUCUUUCCCCAACUGAAAUCUUCAUCUGAAUACUACUUGCAGGAUGCCUUGGCAUUGGUCAGGUUAGAUGACCUGUUUCUGGAGACAUUUGAGAUAGCUGAUGGUAUGUAGGUUCACUUAGGAUUGUUUUUAUUGGUCUGUGGUAAUUAUGAUUAUGAAGGAAGCAGAGAACGGAUGGGAAACAGACCAGAUUUGAUUGAGUUUUCUUGGGUCUUUUGAUGGAAUCCUUUGCUGAAGAAUGAACAAGGAUUUAGUGCAGGGAAGCUGGUCAAGUGGGUUACUCCUACAUUUAACUCUUUAACUCCCAUGAUCUUAUCAGUAAUUCUCCUUACUGUCUGCCAUACAGUUCUUGUGAUGUUAGUUUGGAGAAUUUGGGACUGGAUCAACUUAUAACCUAAUUGAUAUUUUCUUUAUUCUCAUCACUUGUCUGCUUGAUAUUGUAUUGAUAUUGUAAGGAGAAAUUCUGUCUGGGUCACUCAUGGGAGGUAAAGGGUUAAGAGGGAAAUUGCAAUUUAUAUAUGUUAACUUCAUGAACCUCAUGUUAUUUUAACCUGUGUCUUUUAACUGUUCAUAGUGAAGCCACUGAAGGGAGAUCAUCUUUCGAGAGCCAUUGGGCGCAUUGCAGGAAAAGGAGGCAGGACAAAGUUCACCAUAGAAAAUGUAUCUAAGACCAGAAUCAUCCUGGCUGACUCGUAAGUCUUUUUGUCAUGAAUUAGGCCUCAUUAGACUUAGUCUCAUCAGGGUCGAGUGUUACAACAUUACAAGUCUUGUGGUCCAUAAAUACAGGAGUCCAUCCUGUGCUUCAAAUUGUAACUGUUUUUGUUACCAUGAUGACUGGAAAAUAUUUUUGCAACUUAACUUGCUGCCAAAGUUACCAAUUUUUUUGGCAACCCGUGUUUGGUUUCAGGUAAUGACUUAAAUUGUGUUCAUAAAAACGAGAAAUAACGAAGCAGAUUAAUAAAUUAAUGUUUUUCAUUUUUCAGAAAAAUCCACAUAUUAGGAUCGUUUCAGAACAUCAAAAUUGCCCGAACAGCUAUAUGCAGUUUGAUUUUAGGUAAGUUUUGAUCACCCCUGUUGAUCACAGUUUCUUUUCUAUUUCCAUAUUUACGCAACAAUUAGACCCUGAAUAUUUAUACGCGUUUUCGAUUGACUCUUAUAACCAAAACUACUGUAAUUACGAUGGCCAAUCAAAAAGAAGGAAGAAUAUGACAGGGAGACAAUGAAAACUCUACACAAAAGUUAGCAAACUACUGGAAGCGCGGGAGAACGCAAGAAAACAAGCCACGACUGCUCCAGCAGUCUCUAAACUGGAGUGAAAAAUCAAAGCAAAAUCAUUGUAACUGACCUUUUAUUUUUUACAUUAAACCUCUUAAUUUCCAAGAUCUGAUUGCUAAGGGCCUGUUUACAUGGAGGUGGGGGACCCCAGGUAGGUGAGGUAACCCGCCUAGCCGUGGUCGAAAAAUAAACCGCGUUUACAUGCAAUCUUACAGCUUCGGGGUGCUGGGGUUAGGUUACUUGAGGUUGUUGUUGCGCUUGCAAUUAAGGAGUUUGAGCAGAAGCAUCCCAUCCCACAUCUCGAAAAAGACGAAAGAUUAACUCUCGGACACAUAUGUAUUUAAUCAUGAAAGCGUCACGCGUUGUGUUACGCGGUGUUUGGUUUCGCGAGGAACCGUUGACUUAAUACGUUAUACGGAAUAGUUUGGGAAACCAAAUAUGGUCGAUUUACAACGCUAAAUAUUCCGAAAUGUGAACAUUUUACACUCCUUGUGUGUCCAUUGCGGUCUCUGCUGAUUUCUGCCAUGAGACGGCUAGGAAAUGUACAAAGUUUUAAAACAUACAUGUUUCGCUUUUGAGCUUUUUGCCAUGAACACGACCCCGGCUAGGCGGGUUUCCCCACCUUGACACGUUUACAUGGCAAAUUGUCACCCCGGCUGACAGGGUUAGGCCUAGGCGGGUCACCUUACCUAUCUUGUAAACGUGAUCAAAAUAAAAUAAAAAAUUAUAUGGACAGGCGGGUUACCCCACUUACCUGGGGUCCCCCACCUCCAUGUAAACAGGCCCUAAUUCGCUCUUUAGCCGUCACACAUUUCCUGGUUAAAAAAGUUACGAGGAUUUGGUGUUAGAUCAAGGAAACAACUUCUACCUGAUAAGUUUGAGGAUUCUUAUUACCUGUCUGCUGGAUGUAAGGAUAUUCUAGGGAAAAGUUACAUUUUUAUGACUUCUUGGAGUUAAAGGGUUAAAUUUCUCUGUUGUAUCUUCUUCAGGGAGUCCACCUUCAAAAGUCUACGGAAACAUGAGAUCGGUAGCAAGUAGAGCAGUGGAGAGAUUCUGAAUAAAGAAUUAUAGGAGAACAGGGGUGCAUAGCCUUAGGCAGGCCUGCUAUGGUACUGCCUUCAUGACAAAAUACGCACAACAACUUUUGCCCGGAGACGUAUGAAAGGUCUGUCUUACUGAUCAAGGUGGAAAUGUUGCAUAAAUGAAUCGUUCUUAUACCAUGGAGACAGAUUGAAAUUUGCCAGACUCAGAAUGGAAUCAUUAUUCUGGACGAAGACAAGCUUACCGCAACAAAUAGCUGGAAAGGUGACAUUUUAUUGACAAAAUGGCGUUGUAUAAAAUUUUUCAUGACUGCAUCUAGCGUUAUAAAAACUACUGGAAAUUCAUAAAUGCUACGCGUAGCAAGACUAGCAAGAGAUAAUGUACAAUACUGAAUUGAAUCGUACUAAUAUGAUUUUUUAAAAGAAUUUGAAUUAAAGAGCAUGUAAACCCCAAAAAACAUAUAUUAACUUUGAGGCUGAUUAUUCAAACGAGGUGUUAAGUAGGCC